AUGGGCUCAGCCUAUGUUUUCACCCUCUUUCGUUUAGUAUUUCCAGUAAUGCUAGUUCCUGUUGAUAUCUAUUUAAAGACCUGACCGCAGCUGAAACCUCAUUGCCAUCGUUAGACGCACUGGUCUGGAAAUCAAAAACCUGUGUUGUGUUUAUCUGAGCUUUGCAGGGACAUGGGUGGGAGGAAUAUCGGAGUUGCUGUGGACUUCUCAUCGUGCAGCAAAGCGGCUCUGCGAUGGGCGUCAACCAACCUUGCCAGGAGCGGUGAUCAACUCGUGCUGAUCCAUGUCAACAACUCCUACCAGAAUGAGCAAGGAGCGAUGCAUCUCUGGGAACAGAGUGGUUCACCGCUCAUCCCUCUGGUAGAGUUCUCGGACCCCCAUGUCACCAAGAAGUACGGCCUGUCACCGGACAAGGAGACGCUGGAGAUCCUGGCCCAAGUGGCACAUCAGAGCGGGGUUGAGGUCUUUGGGAAGAUACUCUACGGCGACCCGACCAAGAAGGUGUGUGAGGCAGUCGACCUGGUUCCCCUCAGCUGCCUGGUCAUCGGAAGCAGAGGCCUGAGCACGCUCAAGAGGUAUGCAUACCCACAGGUUCAGUUGUAUGAUUCUUAAUAAAAGUUAAAGAAAAACCCUGCUCCUGUGAUUGUGGCACGUCCGGUUCAUAGCCGAACUUUACCAUGAUUUGUCGAGCGUGCGUGCACCUUAGCUUGAUGGACUUGAACCUGUACAUGACCAUGGUGCCUUUUUGGUUCUUGGCGGCAGGGCUCUUGGUGUGUUCGCCCGCGUCUGCUUUGUAUUCUCACAGAUACUAUAUUUCAUAGCAACACCAUGACAUUGUACUCCGAAAUUUACUUGGAAGCUAUGAUGAAAUUACAAGAAAAUACUGUACAUGGAAUGUGGAGUGUAGUUCAUCAUAGCAAACACUGGGUUUUUGCAGCUUGCCGUUUGCCAUCUUAAUCGUCCAUUACUUGAUCGGUGCCGCUUCAUC